AUGGAUCUGAAGUCGAUGCUAAACGAUUCUUCGACACAGCGACACCACCACCACCAUCCACCUCAACCGCACCCUCCGCCGCGACUUCACACACCACAGUCAUCCUACGAACACACCCCGUCGUACGAGUCCCAUCCUCCCCUCGAGCGCCCUCCAUUGCCAUCGUCGGCCUCUUCGUAUCAUCAGCCGCAGCCGCAGCCGCCGCCCUCAAAUGAAUACCGCACCUCUGCCAACGGCUCCUAUUUUGCUGUCCAGUCACCACAACAACAACCACAACAUUCGGCCUCUGCCUCGGGGUCGACGCCAGGUGCAACCGGGCAAUCUUUUUAUGCGCAGAGUCCCGGACCGCAUGGACAGAUACACACGCCGCGUGAAGGCAUUCCACCUUCACAUCCGUAUCACUCUCCCUUUGUUCCUUCACCGUCACCGUCUGGGCCUUACCCUCCGACUCCAGGAUCUGCCAACCACUAUCAGACCGUUACGCCUUCCUCUGCCACCACGUAUCAUCACUCCAGCGCACAUCCUUCCUUGAAUGCCCCGUCUCCCACUAUGAGAGACGACUACAUUUCUGCGAACGGGCUUGCCCAUGCACAGCAGAGACACGUUUCACCCCAGGCGCAGUUCCACGCUCCACCGGUCACCCCCCUCGGUCCGCCCGUUGCCUACCCUCGCCCAUCGCCUCACCCCCAUCGUCCGACGUCCCAUGGCCACGAGAGUGUGAGAAGAUCGUCUGUCGGCUCGGUUGGUUCAGUGCAGAGCAGGGAAUAUAACCAGGCUUAUCCGCAAGCGGAACAUUCGAGACGCGCCAGUGGGAGCAUACAAAGGACUUAUUCUGGGGACCUGCGGGAGCGCGAACGGAGCAUCGAGAGCGUCAGCCCCAAGACAAUUCCCAAGCCUGCCCCGGGUCGUCAGCAGAGUGUUGGGCGUUACCAGGAGCUCAUGGCCGACCCCAACGCGCAUCCGAACCGGGCGGCCAUCCCACAUGCCCAAUUUCACACCACCCCGGAUCGGAAUGUCGAGAAUCACAGUCAUGAGACGACGCCCAAGUCCUUUUCCGCGUCUACCGAGCCCCGACCCGCACCACCAUAUCAAGAUUCUUCCCGCCCAAGUCCUGGACCAGGUGCGCCGAACCAUUACAACUCAACGCCUCAGCCGACACAUUCAUCUCUGCCCGCGACACAGAGUCCUCCAGUGCCUCCCCAACCUCAGCCUUCGUUGAAGCGCACUGCGAGUCAUUUGUCGGAUGUGGCGGCGACGCCAUUGCCCCCCAAGAAGAGACCACGGCGAGAAGAGAUCCCCAUCUGGGCCCGGAGCGCACGUCAUAACUUGCCUUUGACAUUUGGUCCGCCGGCAAAUUGGAGUCCACCACGGCAGGCCGUCACACCCAAGACCCCUGGAACGCCCAAAUACGACGUCGUCCCCGCGAAGAAGGAAUCCGUGGCUUCACAGGCUGUCAACGGGCAAUUUCGUCGCACAGUAACACCGUCAAGCGAGCCUCUAUGGGAGCCUUCGGUCACUGGUGAAAUAGCAUAUGAUGAACUUGCCCACCAUGUCUGUGAGUGGAUCUAUGAUACUAUCGGCAACGCGGGGGACCUCGCCGGCGGAGCCUUUUUUGAGAUUGAAGCCAAAAUUGGCAUGAUCUCUGACGAGCAGGCGGGCUUUCGGCUGCAUCUGCCUGUGCAGACGGAGACGGUGUUCGACAGAGAAAAUUUUAGGGGAAGGACGAGCUUCAAGAGUUCGAUGAAUGUGGCUCAGCACAUGGCCAUGAACAAAAUGCUCAACGAGCUCGUCUUCGAGUCAUACCGCGCGUCCGAGGGGACCGGGGAGCCACCGAGGGUUGAUUACGUUCAUCCUUACGAGUACGAUGAAUUCUACGAACUGACAGACGAGGGAUUGAAAAACCUGCCAUCAUCGAUAGUUAAAUGGAUGAAGACUCGACACACACCACGAGUGCGGCGCACGAUCGACGAGAAAACGAACACCGUCAAGGCACAGAUCAUCAAAACCCGGAUUGCCGAUCUGGAAGUGUACAACCCUGAGUAUGAUUUCGACUACCGUAUCUCGAUUUCGAUUGAAAGUCCCUGGGAUGGAGAUCCGAAUUGGCUGACUGAAGUGAACGAAGGCGGUCGCGACAGAAAGAAGGACAGGAUGAGCUAUAGGUACUCGGCUUACCAGAUCGACCUGACUCAAGUCACCUAUCCCGACUCCGCUGUGAAAGAGCACGAGUUGGAGGUGGAGAUUAACAUGGAUCAGGUCCGCAUUGAGCUGGCCGGUGUCGAUGCGCAGCGACCUAACAACUAUGUGAAACUAGUGAAAGGUUUCAUUGAUAACGUUAGGGUCUUGUGUCGGAAAGGGACUCUUCCAAGACCGCCCAAGUCAGGGUAG